GCGUCUCCACAUGUUGCGACAUUAAUCCCUCGUCCUCAGAUGAGGUGGGUGUUAAACACGGUCCCGGACUGAGCUCUCUCACUCCGUCUCAGUCAGUGAGGAAGUUGACUGCUGUCAGUUCGAGCAGCGCGGGAAGGAGAGAUGAGCAACGCAGCGGCAAACGGCAAGAAGCCUAAAAUGAGUGGAGAGACCGUGAACCUGCACGUGGACGGCAUCCCUCCGGACAGGCUCAGUAAGGUGGAGAAGUACCUGGAGCUUUUCCAUCUGCCCCAGGAGAAGCUGAAGGAGGUUUCUGCUCGGCUGAAGAGGGACCUGAUCCGAGGUUUAGGGAAACACUCGCAUCACAGGGCGGCCGUCAAGAUGCUGCCCACCUUCGUCCGGGCCACGCCAGACGGGACAGAGAAGGGCGACUACCUGGCGUUGGAUCUGGGUGGAACAAACUUCCGUGUGCUUCACGUCCGUGUGGUGGAGGAGCAGCAGAGGGUGCUGAAGAUGGACAGUAAGAUCUGUGCCAUCCCUCAGGAGAUCAUGCUGGGGACUGGAGAACAGCUGUUCGACCACAUCGCGGCCUGUCUCAGCGAAUUCCUCGACUCUCAGGACCUGAAGGGACAAACUCUCCCCCUGGGCUUCACCUUCUCCUUCCCCUGCGAACAGAAAGAAAUCGACAAGAGCAUCCUGAUCCGCUGGACCAAAGGCUUCAACUGCUCCGGAGUGGAGGGAAGAGACGUGGUGCAGCUGCUGAAAGAGGCCAUUCGCAGGAGAGGGGACUACGAUAUAGGCUCGGUUGCCAUGGUGAACGACACGGUGGGCACGAUGAUGAGCUGUGGAUACAGGGACCAGAGCUGUGAGAUCGGCAUGAUCAUAGGCACGGGAACCAACGCCUGCUACAUGGAGGAGAUGAAGAACGUGAAGCGGGUGGAGGGCGAGGCCGGGCGCAUGUGCAUCAACACAGAGUGGGGCGGCUUCGGAGACGACGGCUCCCUGAGGGACAUCCAGACGGAGUUUGACGUGGUGGUGGACCAGACGUCCAUCAACCCCGGCGUCCACACCUUCGAGAAGAUGAUCAGCGGCAUGUAUUUGGGAGAAAUCGUUCGACUGCUGCUGGUGAAGCUGACGGAGGACAAGCUGCUGUUUAACGGACAGACGUCGGAGGCGCUGCUGACCCCGGGCAGUUUCGAGACCAAGUUCAUCUCUGAGAUCGAGGAGGAGGGCACCGGUCUGGAAAAUGGCCAGAACAUUCUGACCGAGUUGGGUGUGAAGUGGGAUCCGGUCGACGUACGCGUGGUGCGUCUGGUCUGCGACACCAUUUCCUCGCGCUCCGCCCGUCUCUGCGCCGCCGCCCUGGCAACCAUCGCCAACCGAAUCCGUGUCAACCGAGGGCUGGAUCACCUGAAGACCACCGUCGGCGUGGACGGGACCGUCUACAGAAAACACCCCAAUUUCAGCGAGGAGCUCCAGGACACGGUGCGCCUCCUCGUCCCCAAGUGUAGCAUCUCCUUCCUGGUCUCGGAGGACGGCAGUGGGAAGGGCGCUGCCAUGGUAACGGCUGUGGCUCAGCGGCUGGCUCUCCAGUCCAGGCUGUUAGAGGACAGUGACGGUGAGGAUGAGGAGGUGGAGGAGGACGAGGAGGAGGAGGAAGAUAAAUAAGAGUAGAGAGGAUUCAGAUGAUCCACAACACUCAGAGGCAGAGCACAUGGAAGUUUAGCCUUCAAACAUGGAGUUUGAAACAUUAUUUUGUUUUUAAAGCCUGAAAUAUUUUCUUACAGAUAUAAUUUUUAAUAUAAUGAACUAUGAGAGAAGUUCUCUGAUCAUUUACUUCAGUAUAUAAAUCAAUUAAACACUGUAGAAGUUCUCUGUUACAUUCAAAAUUGUACUUUAUUCAGGAGAUAAAAUCAUUUUGCAAGUUAAGUUUGUAUAUGAAAUAAAACGUGAUCACUUUCAAAAAUAUUUGGACAAAAUACAAAAAGAUACAGAAUGUUUCUAAAAUUAAAGUUAGCCUUGAACAACAGCCUUAAAAUGCUGCUUAGAACAAAUCAAUAUUGUGGUGAAAGAUAUUCUGGGAUAAGUGAAUGUCCUGUAUGGAAAUUUACUUUAAUAAAAGUAGAAAAUUAUUAUCAAAAAAUAUAAUUCAAGUACCAUCAAUCGAGAAUGACCCUUUUAAAAUAUUAUAUAUUAUAUCAUUGGAUUAUAAUUAAGAUAUAUUUCUGUGUGAAUCGCUUUAAUUUGGCAGCUUUAUAUAGAGUUUGGUGGAUCGAAAUUUCAAAGUUAUAUCUCAACUUAAAAUUUUGAUGUAGCCUACUUAUUAUUAACUUGAGUUUUUUCUGAUGUUUGGUACUUAAUGCUUCUGCUCCACUAAAUUUCUGAGGCAAAUAUCGUACUUUAUACUUCACAAUAUCUGUCAGACAUACUCUAUAUAGUUACUAGUUACUUGUUAAUGAAAUUUGAUGUUUUUACAGAUUUUACUACCCAGAAAUAUAUGAAAUAAAUCAAACUAGCUUCUUUUCUAGCAGCUACAACAUGAAAAUGCCAUGUAAACAUUACAAUGAAAGACUGAUACCCCUCUUCCUCUGCUGUGUAAUGAAUAUUUUUUUUAUUUGGUUUACAACAUGUAUUUUCUCUUCCUUAUGUCACUUUUUGAAUUCAGAACUUAAAUAACAGUAUUUUUUCAGUACAGUAUUUCAAGUUUUACUUCAAUAAAAUCUGAAUAUCUCUUCCACCACAUAAAACAUUGAUGAGUAUAUUGAGUUUUAUUAAUCUGCAAAGUGACUAAAAUGACCAAAUAAAUGUGAUGGACUGUACUGUAACCUCGUCUUUAAGAGGUUCAUAUGCUACUAAAACACUUAUGUUGUGGGGACAAUGUUAUCGCUGGUUGGAUUAUGUUUUUUUGCUCUUGCUACAUAGCUAACGUUAGCAUUAACAGCUGUUUACUUACCAGUGUAGUAAAGAAACGUUGUGAGUUCAGCAUCAAACUUAAUUCCUUUACUCACAGAGAGCUGUCUCCAGAGGUGGAAAACACACCGAUGUUAACUCUUGUCUCUAUCACGUCUUUUCUUCUACUGAAGUUAGCAUGCUAACCAGCUAGCAUAGGCCCAUCUCAUUACUUUCCGAUAGCGAGUCACUGUAGCCUCCAAUCAGCCCUGAAGAAGUAGCGCUGCUCAGAGGACGUAUUAUAACCUCCGUAUCAAUGUAUUUACGACUUCACAAAUAGAUUUGACAAUAAAUCAACAUUUCCUCGUUACGUUAAAGGAGCUAUUUGUAAGGUUUUGCUACUGCUACAUUGCCAACGUUAGCAUUAACAGCAGAUUACUUACAAGUCUUCAGCCAUCGUUGUGUUUACAAUAAAAGAGGUUAGAAUAUGUCUUCAGAGCAGCUACUUCUUCAUGGCAGCCUGGAUGCUACAGUGACUGGGUAUCAGAAAGUGAUGAGAUGGGCUGACUGGGCUGGGGCUAGCUGGUUAGCGUGCUAACCUAAGUAGAAGAAAAGAAGUGAUAGAAAUAGAAGCAAAACAAGAGGGUUGCUUUCCACCACUGGGCGUGUAAAAGGAUGAAGUUUCAUGCUGAACUUACAACGUUUCUUCUAGACUGGUAAGUAAACAGCUAAUGCUAACAUUAGCUCUGUAGCAAUAAUAAAACAUACAAAUACCUUCGGUUACUGUUCCCUCAAAAACAUAUUUUAGUUUUAAGUUUGAAAAUUGUCCUUGUUCUAACAUAAACACGCAGUAGUUGUUAACAUGCAUCUUAGCAGGUACACAUUAGCAUACUAAUGCUAGCAGCCAACCCAGAGCUCACUGCGGCUUUAAUCACAGUUUGUUGCUCGUGUUGAACAUUUCAAUUGUCUUAAUCAUCUGCUUGUUGUAUCUUAUAUAUGAGAAAUGAUGAAAUAAUGAAUCAGACAGAGGGGGAGAGGAGCAGAGGAAGAGGAGGGGGUGAUUCACUGAUGAGCCAUUAGAGACAUACUGGAAAAGACUUCAUCACUUUGUUCAACCUCCUCACCACGGCUGUCUUUUAGUUUUUAAAAUCAAUAAAUCUUUUACUGCUUCUGUUUUAAUUAAAGGGACUUGAUUGUCAGUGGUGAUACUGAUGAAUGGAUAUUAGUUUAUGUUACUUUAGAUACAAGUUGUUUUUUUGUUCGUUUGUUAAUCUCUUUGAAUAAAUUUCAAUUUUAGGGGCACAAAACAUUGUGCUAUAUUCCUCCAACAAAACCCUCCAAGACCAUGAGUUGGUGUUAUGUUAAUUAUGGCAUUCUCUCCCUGUUAUUGAUGUUCUGUCCGUUUUCAUGAGAAGCAUUUGGUGUGUGUAAUAUCUGAAGCACUUUGAGCUGCGUUUCUUGUGUAAAAGGUGCUAUACAAAUAAAGUUUUGUUGAAUAUUAUAA